CUUUGGCCGUGAGGAGGCGGCGGCCGCGGCUCCCGGGACGCCCCGUCCCCGCGGGACGCCCGUCCCGAUUCUCGGCCUGAAAUUCCUCUUGCUAGUCUUCCAUUCUGUUAAAUGCUUCGCAAACCAGAGCAAAGGAAGAGACAUGAAGAGUUGAAUUUCACUGCCUUGUUUGGAAUUGGGUGGAAAUCCUGGAGAUGGAUCUCUUAGGAGUCUGUCUUCCAAUUGGGUUAGAUGCACAGGAGCAAUGGAUCGCCCCAGCUACCUGGAAGAGGACUAUUCUAGCCUGGAUGGGCUGGACGAUGACGUGUUUCACUCUGAUGACUUUGGACUUGCAGGUCAGCCUGGUGAGAUGACUGCAACUGGCUUUUUCACACAGAACCAGUCCUACAGCUGCCUUCUGGGGAGGUUUCAACUAUUCCCCCUCACACACUGCUGUGGUCCCGGUAUCAGGCAUCCUGAGCAGCAGGACAAGGCAACUCAAACACUCAGCCCGUCCUCUUCCAGUCAGGAUGUUAUGUUGCCUUGUGGAGUCACUGAAGAGCCACGGAGACUCUUCUAUGGGAAUGCUGGUUACCGUUUACAUGUCCCUCCAGCUGGCUUUGGGUUGGAUCCACACCUCCAAGAGGAACCUCAGGAAGGUCAGCAGGAAGCACGUGCUGAGGUGCAGAUUGCACGGAAGUUGCAGUGCAUUGCCGACCAGUUCCACCGGCUCCACAUACAGAGGCAUCAGCAGAACAGAAAUCAAGUGUGGUGGCAGCUUUUUCUCUUCCUACACAACUUGGCCUUAAACGCGGAGGCGAACAGGAACCACGCUGGGCAGAGGAAUCUAACAAAGAGUGGACAACAGUUUCUGGUAGCGAGUUGUCUUCCACCUGACAUGAUGCAUGGUACCCUAACACGUAUGAAGUCUGACAACAAACCACCAGGCAUGACACAUUGACAUCAGUAUUCAUAUUCCUCUCUGUAAGUCCUUUAAAUCUUGAUUUCUCUUAAAUGAAUUAUGUUCUCUGUAACGUUCAUAAUGGACUCUUUUCUUUCUCCAUUAAAGUCUGU